UAAUUAGUAGACGAUACAUCUUUCAUACUGCAUUUAUCGAUGCCUCGCUAUUUAUACCUGUUUAUACACAACAGCAAAGCACAACACGAUUGACAACAGAUGAGGCAUGGCUAGUUCGUCAAGACAUGAUACCAAUAAAGUGUGCUGUUACUCCCAUCCGGAUGCACCUCUCAUCGAAGACUAUAGAGCAGGGGAUCAAAUAUGCUCCGAAUGUGGUUUAGUUGUGGGUGACAGGGUGAUAGAUGUGGGGUCGGAAUGGCGAACAUUCAGCAACGAAAAGGCAGGAGUGGAUCCAUCUCGUGUGGGUGGUCCAGAAAAUCCAUUAUUAAAUGGAUCAGACUUAUCCACUAUGAUUGGACCGGGAACUGGAGCUGCCUCCUUCGAUGCCUUCGGAGCUUCUAAAUAUCAAAAUCGACGUACUAUGAGCAGUUCGGAUAGAGCAUUGAUUAAUGCUUUUCGUGAAAUUAAUGGAAUGGCUGACCGUAUCAAUCUUCCUAAAACCAUUGUGGACCGUGCCAAUAAUCUUUUUAAACAAGUUCAUGAUGGGAAAAACCUGAAAGGCCGGGCAAACGAUGCCAUCUCUUCGGCUUGCUUGUACAUAGCCUGUAGACAGGAAGGUGUACCUCGUACAUUUAAAGAAAUCUGUGCAGUUAGCAAGAUAAGCAAGAAAGAAAUAGGGAGAUGUUUCAAGCUUAUCUUGAAAGCCUUGGAAACUAGUGUCGAUCUUAUUACAACGGGUGACUUCAUGUCGAGAUUUUGUUCAAACCUGGGACUACCUAACAUGGUACAAAGAGCUGCGACGCAUAUUGCAAGAAAAGCAGUCGAAAUCGACAUUGUUCCAGGAAGAUCUCCUAUUUCAGUAGCUGCUGCGGCAAUUUACAUGGCAUCCCAGGCUUCAGAAGAUAAAAGGUCACAGAAAGAAAUUGGAGACAUUGCAGGAGUAGCCGAUGUCACAAUCAGGCAGUCUUACAAGCUAAUGUACCCACAUGCAAUAAAGCUCUUUCCAGAAGAUUUCAAGUUCGCUACGCCAAUCGAUCAGUUGCCUCAGAUGUAAAGAAAACGUCGCGCCUUUAUCUUAGUAAGUUUGAAAGUAAAAUUGCAGACAUUCUUAACAAAACUUACAGUUGGUUCUGCUUCAGUUAACAUUCCCAGGACUUGCACGUAAUCGAUACAAACACAUACAUGCAACAGGAUUGGGAACUAUCGAUUCAAUUGACACAAAUCUGCCUAUGCUAUAAAAGUCAUAAGUUUAUUACAUACAGAAAAACAAAGAGUACAUAGAAAAAGUUUACAGUUCCAUACGUGCAGUGAAUUAUUAAGAGUUGAACUGUAAAUGCAUUGAAUGGUAACUGGAACUUGUGUGCUAGAAACAAUUUUGCUAAAAUAAAAACUGUGUGAAGAAUGCAGCAAUAAAAGACUUAUCGUUUUUUUUUUUUGUGAAAAGGAAGUGCAAGAGUGUCGUGUCUUGAAAUUUCAACAUCGUAUUGACUGAAAUGUUAAAACAACCCCAGCUGUUAUUACGCAUAGACACGACGAAAGCGAUUAUUUUUUAAAUAUUGGAAAGGUCUAGUUGUAACUAUAAUGACGGUGUUCAUGUAGUCUAAACGAGAGACUAAUAUAUCUUAUUUCUAGAGACAGAUGUUACAUUAUUGUAUUACUAUCAAUGUUGGAGAACUGAAAAUUAAUGUUAGACAUGCAGAGGGGAAUGUGACUUUAUUAUUGAGAAAUAAAAAAGAAAUAUGAAAA